AUGCGCACAGGCCAGGCAGGAUGUGUCAUCCGUCACAUGAUCUAUGAUGAAGAUCUCACAGAUGAUCAACAUGCCAACAUUCAUCACUUCAUCCAAGAGUACGGAAAGAGCAUGCUGCCAGACCAUCAGUACUGGGACAUUGAUGGAUUUCAUUCCAUGUGCACCCCAGUUGAAGCGAUUCAUGACAAUCACACAAAGACGAUGUCCAUGGUCACUGAGAUUGAUCCAGACUCACCAGAACCAGGCAUUUCACCCACAUUGUCAUUUGCCAUCACGCUGAGAGCCAUUGUGCAUUUGCCCAAAGGGAAGGUGUAUGCCUAUGAUAUCAGCACUGACACAUGGAGAUGCAAGCUCUCUGGUGAUCUUACAUCCAGACAGAUAGUCGCAUCCCUCCUUGCCACUGCCAUCGACAAAGAAUCAUUGCAAGGCAUGGGACGUUUUGUAUCAGUCAAACAUGCACAAGAUUCUGCAGUGGAGUUUGGAGCAGCAGAAGCAGGGGCAUCAGCACCGCCCAAUGCGUUUGUCACAGCAUUCGUUGUUGCCACUGCCAGAACCAUGCUGGACACCUUGCACAGUGCAGAUGGUAGAAUGAUCUCAAUCAAAUGGAAAGCCAGAACCCUUUGGAGUGGCAAGAUUGAUGAACAUACUACUGCAGAAAUCAUCGCCACAGUGCUUUUGUAUGCACUUGCACCCAUGACCAGCUUUCGUGAAGUGCGACUGAUUGUUCAAGGAAGACAGUUUUGUUCCGGAUCCAUCCAGCAAUUUGCACAGACAGGUGAAAAGCCAAUCAAGAUCCACCUUGCUUUCGAGAUGUGUGGAGGAGCAGGACCGACAGCCACCAAGUCACAACUCAAGCAACAGGUACGAAACUCAGUUGCCUCAUGGAUGCUUGAAAACCACAUCGAACUAUCAUGGAUCAACACCAAUCUGGAAAAGAUCAUUGAAGACAUUGGGGUCAAGCGUUUUGUACCCGUGAUUCAACAACCAUCCAGCAACAAGCGUGACAGCCAAAUGCAGCAGAUUCUCCAAGAAGCUGCCAUACAAUUGCCACAGCCGACGCCCAAAGUUCAACAAGCAGCCAAUGCCAUGAAAACCAAAUUCAGGAAACAACAGCCAAAGAUGCCAGAGCCACAGCACUUCAAAGUCGAUUGCAAUUUCCUGCUCAAAGAGGAUGGUCAACCGACACAACAACUGCAAGAGUUCAGAUGCAAUGCCACAGGGGUCUUUUUGACCAAUCCUCAAGGUGCUACACCUUGGCUCAGGGAGAAUCAACAGCUUUCAUCCGAUGAAUUGGCCAUGCUCGUUCUAGGACCGAUGCCAGUGGAAACCACUUUGCCAACGGAAUCUGUGGUCAUUCCUUGUUUCAACAGCGAUACGCAACAGGUACUCCUGCAGGUAACCAUGAUCCAGUUUGGUGCCAAAAAAGUCACACCUAAGCAGUGGGAUCAGACAGCCACCAAGACCAAUACCAGCAAGGUAUGCUCACUCACGCUGUGGAAACAGGACUGGACAGAAGAUGAAUGGCAUGCUGCAACACAUCAAACCACUCAAUUUGUCAAGGAUGUCUUUGCACAUGAUGGAGUUCAAGAAGCCAUCACAAGUGUUUGGGGACGAUCAUACAGAAAAGGAAAACAAGUUGCCACCUUCCGUGAUGCCACCAGUGUUCAGAUACAUGCUGCCAUUCAGGAUGAACAAUUCAUGCAGAUGCUCAAACUGACAGGCCACAACAAAGUCUGGGCAGUACCCAAGAAUGAAGAUGGCCGACUCACUGAUGACUUUCGAAUCAUUUGGCUACCUCCUACUGUUGAUCAUCCCAAAGCAGCCACCAUCACAGCCAAGGUCGCAGGACUUGCAGGGCUUGUCAGAGGAAAAUCAUCACUUGGAGUUCGGGUCAAUGCUAGCAUGUUUGCAGAAGCAUGGAAAGCCAUCAAUCCAAAUGUGAAACCUCCAGUUGACGUAUCCAACAAGUGGAUUUACAAGCUCGAACCCCUGCCGUAUGGAUGUAACUCUAGCAUGUUGGAGGAAUGGUCCCAGCACAUCAAAUGGGUCUUUCGGCCACUCAAAGCAACCGGUCCCAAAAGCUGGUUGAUUUGCACAGGUGACAAUCCUCCACCGGGCCCACUUCCGUUCAACGGGCACCCUGUCUUGCCGAGGUUUAUGCCACAGAAACAGAGCUCCAUAGUGCAGCCAAUCCUUGCGGGUCCAAGAGGGGUAUCAGCCAAAUCAAAUGCCACUGCACACUCUGCUGUGGCACCUAUGCCAACCAGCCAAGACCCAUGGUGGAAUUACCUGAAUCGUAAUGCGCCACAGCCUGCACCAGGCCAGGCCCAAGCAUCCACCCAGGGGCCCAAUGAACAGAGAUUUGCCCAACAAGAUGCCAAAGUCCAAGAAUUGGAAUCCAAGCUUGAAGCCCUUACCAACAUGCAAGAGCAGCACACCGGACAGAUCCAGCAGCUGCAUGCAGAUCUCACGGCCACGGAGACCAAGCUUGUACACACUAUGCAUCAGACCCUGGAUGGAGUCAAACAUGAAUUGGCCAUGUCGUUUGGUGAGGCUCUCAGCAAGCAGACCAAGCAGUUUGAAGCCAAUUUUUUGGAUCUCAAGAAAACUCUGAUCCAAUCCAAGCGCAAAACACCUUCAGAAGGUGAUGCCAAUAUGGAUAGUUGA